AUGAACAAGCAGGUACAACUUUCAGAGAGCCUGACUAAGCUCCAAGAAUAUGCCCAGUCCACCUCCCAGACUCUGACCCCCUACGCUGAGACCAUCUCCAACCAGUUCCUGGAGAACACCAAGCAGCUGCGUGAGCGUGUCAUGACUGACGUCGAGGACCUCCGUUCCAAGCUGGAGCCCCACCGCGCUGAGCUGUACGAGGUCUUGCAGAAGCACUUUGACGAGUACCGUGAAAAGCUGGAGCCCGUCUUCCAGGAGUAUGCCAACCUGAACCGUGAAAAUGCUGAGAAGCUGCGUACCAAGCUGCAGCCCCUGUUGGAUGAGAUGAGGCAGAAAGUCGAGACCAACGUUGAGGAGACCAAGUCUAAGCUUGUGCCGAUGGUCGAGGCCAUACGCACUAAGCUGACUGAGCGACUGGAGGAGCUGAGGACCAUGGCCGCCCCCUAUGCUGAGGAAUACAAGGAACAGCUGGUGAAGGCUGUCGAGGAGGCCAGAGAGAAGCUCGCCCCACACACCCAGGACCUCCAGGCGCGCAUGGAGCCCUACAUGAAGAAUGUGAGGGCCAGGUUUGCACAGGUGUAUGAAACCAUUUCCAAGGCCAUCCAGGCAUAAAAACGCACAAGGACUUUGCACACCCAGAUCCUCAAACAGCAAAAAACAGAUAUUCUUGUGUUUGGUGAUAGGAGUGUAGAUGCAACGGUUG